GACGCUCGGGGUUUCUGGCGUACAGAGGCGUUCUCCGCGUCCAUCAGGAGGAAAUCACCUGGGAGCUUCUCUCUCUCUCUCACACACACACUUACUGUCUUUACGUUUAGUCGCGUUACAUCUCUUUAUUCAGUGGUACGACUAGAUCAGUUAGGCUCGACGCGCAAAAACAGGACUUUUUGUUUUCGUGUACAGACUCUCUCUCCUCCAUUGCGCAUGUUUUCUCAGUUUCUUCUUCUCUACCAACACAACUGCGCCCGUGUCACAACAAUCAACCAAAAAUAAUAAAUAAUCCGUUAAAAAAACACCUCUGUAAGACAAGAAUCUUAGGAGCACGAAGUGCCUGGCUGCAUUACUUCACAUUUCGGAUUUAAAGAAUGGACGAACAUACAGACUUGAACAAGGAAUAGAACAUAUUACAUAUUACAUGAGUUUUUUUUAACAACUGUAAAUACGCUCUUGUUUGUUUGUUUCAUCCUAACUGUAGCUAGCAGUUAGCCUUCGUGUCCAAAUCGCUGCUGUUGUUGUUUUUUUUUUUUUUUUAGCUCGCUUAGCCAACUAGGCUAGUUUGUUUAUUAGCCUGCGCGCGCGAGCCUGUAGUGGAAUUCGUGUCCGAAUAUUUUUAGACCGAAUUACACUUGGGAGAUAUAUUUGACAUUUCCAGGGUUGAUAUUGAGGACUUUGGGAGGUCCGGGGUGGGGGGGGGAGUGAAGUGAAAGGCGGGGAACGUCAUCGGGCAGGCGUUACAGUUAGCAUAACACUCGGGAGUUGUUAGCUUAGCAUAACACCAGGGUACGAGCACAAGCCUAUAGCAACCGCGCGCGCGCUCGCGCGAUCGCAGCGAGCCGGAGAUGCCAUGGUGGCUCUAGCUCGCUGCUUUGACCGUGUGGCGGAGCUCCUGCUUCCCGCUGCCUCCUCGUCGUUUGGUGUGAAUGUGAAGCUCGCCGGGCCUGUGGCGCCUGCGCUCCUGCGUGGAUGAAGCAGUAAGGGACUGGUGGAGCUGCUCCCUGGCUCAGCUGAAACGCCAUGCAGGCCGCCCAGUGCCAGUACGAUUUCUUCAGCGAGGAGAACGCGCCCAAAUGGAAGGGACUGCUGGUGCCGUCCCUCAACAAGGUGCUAAGUCAGGUACACCCCAAGCUGUCGUCUCAGGAGGAGGCUCUUCAGUACAUCGAGGAGCUGAUUCUGCUGCUACUGAGCAUGCUCUGUCAGGCCCAGCCUCGCACCGUGCAGGAUGUGGAGGAGCGAGUCCAGAAGAGUUUCCCUCACCCCAUCGAUAAGUGGGCCAUCGCGGACGCCCAGGCGGCCAUCGAGAAGAGGAAGAGGAGGAACCCGCUGGCUCUGCCUGUGGAUAAGAUUCACCCGCUUCUCAAGGAGGUACUAGGCUACAAAAUAGACCACCAGGUGUCUGUGUACAUCGUGGCGGUGUUGGAAUACAUCUCAGCGGACAUCCUGAAGCUGGCUGGCAACUACGUACGAAAUAUACGCCAUUAUGAAAUCUCACAGCAGGACAUCAGUGUCGCCAUGUGCGCCGAUAAGGUGUUGAUGGACAUGUUUCAUCAGGACGAGGAGGACAUCAGCGGCUUCCCCCUCAUGGACGAGGAGCCAUCGGCGUCUGAAGCGCAGACCUACUACGACCUGGUCAAAGCGUUCAUGGCUGAGGUGCGUCAGUACCUGAGAGACUUGAACCUUAUCAUCAAGGUGUUCCGUGAGCCAUUCGCCACCAACAUCAUGCUCUUCUCGCACCACGAUGUGGAGAACAUCUUUAGUCGUAUAGUGGACAUCCACGAGGUGACACUGAAGCUGCUGGGGCUCAUCGAGGACACUGUAGAGAUGACCGACGAGGGAAGCCCUCACCCCCUGGUGGGCCGGUGCUUUGAGGACUUGGCCGAGGAGCUGGCCUUUGACCCCUACGAGACGUACGCUCAGGACAUCCUACGGCCAGGAUUCCAUGACCACUUCCUCAGCCAGCUGUCCAAACCCGGUGCAGCUUUCUACCUCCAGUCAAUAUGUGAAGGCUUUAAAGAGGCUGUGCAGUACGUAUUACCUCGCCUGCUCCUGACCCCAGUUUACCACUGCCUCCACCACUUUGAGAUCUUAAAGCACCUGGAGGAGAAAAGUGAGGAUGAGGACGAUAAGGAACGUCUGAAGCAGGCCAUCACUGCACUCCUCAACCUUCAAAGCAGCAUGGAGAGGAUCUGCUCCAAAAGCCUGGCCAAGAGAAGACUCAGCGAGUCGGCCUGCCGCUUCUACAGUCAGCAGAUGAAGGGCAAGCACCUGGCCAUCAAGAAAAUGAACGAGAUCCAGAGGAACAUCGACGGCUGGGAGGGCAGAGACAUCGGCCAGUGCUGCAACGAGUUCAUCAUGGAGGGAACGUUGAUGCGGGUGGGCGCCAAGCACGAACGUCACAUCUUCCUCUUCGACGGCUUGAUGAUCUGCUGCAAGUCCAACCACGGGCAGCCACGCCUGCCAGGGGCCAGCGCUGCCGAAUACAGGUUGAAAGAAAAGUUCUUCAUGCGCAAGGUCCAAAUCAACGACAAGGACGACAAGGAGGGUGAGUACCGACACGCCUUCGAGCUUAUCCUGAAGGACGGCAACAGCGUGGUGUUCGCUGCCAAGUCCGCCGAAGAAAAGAACGGCUGGAUGGCGGCGCUGAUCUCACUUCAGUACCGCUCUACUCUGGAGCGCAUGCUCGACACGGCCAUGCUGCAGGAGGAGAAGGAAGAGCAGAUGAGGCUCCCCAGUGCCGAGAUCUACCGCUUUGCAGAACCCGACUCCGAGGAGAACGUAGUGUUCGAAGAGAACGUCCAGUCCCAGUCUGGCAUUCCGAUCAUCAAGGCGGGCACGGUGCUGAAGCUCAUCGAGAGGCUCACCUUCCACAUGUAUGCAGAUCCUAAUUUUGUGCGGACCUUCCUCACCACCUACAGGUCGUUCUGUAAACCGCAAGAGCUGCUGGACCUGCUCAUAGAGAGGUUUGAUAUUCCGGAGCCCAAACCCACAGAGGCGGAUCAGAUGGCCAUGGAGAACGGAGACCAGCCGCUCAGCGCCGAGCUCAAACGCUUCCGCAAAGAAUACGUCCAGCCAGUGCAACUCAGGGUGCUGAAUGUGUGCCGACACUGGGUGGAGCACCACUUCUACGAUUUCGAGAGGGACUCUCAGCUUCUCUGCCGGCUAGAGGAGUUCAUUGGAACUGUCCGAGGCAAGGCCAUGAGGAAAUGGGUUGAGUCCAUCACGAAGAUCAUCCAGAGGAAGAAGCAGGCGCAGGCUAACGGCCCGAGCCACAACAUCACCUUCGAGAGUUUUCCUCCGCCCAUCGAGUGGCACAUCAGCAAACCGGGCCAGAUCGAGCAGUUCGACCUGAUGACCCUUCACCCCAUCGAGAUCGCUCGUCAGCUCACGCUGCUCGAGUCUGACUUCUACAGGUCGGUUCAGCCAUCAGAGCUGGUGGGCAGCGUGUGGACGAAAGAGGACAAAGAACUGAACUCGCCAAACCUUCUGCGCAUGAUCCGCCACACCACCAACCUUACCCUGUGGUUCGAGAAGUGUAUCGUGGAAACGGAGAACCUGGAGGAGCGAGUAGCCGUGGUGUCCCGCGUCAUCGAGAUCCUGCAGGUGUUUCAGGAGCUUAAUAACUUCAACGGCGUCCUCGAGGUCGUCAGCGCCAUGAACUCUUCUCCCGUGUACCGGCUCGACCACACGUUCGAGCAAAUCCCAAGCCGACAGAGGAAGAUCCUAGAAGAGGCCCAUGAGCUCAGCGAGGACCAUUAUAAGAAAUAUUUAGCCAAACUCAGGUCCAUUAAUCCACCAUGUGUGCCCUUCUUUGGUAUAUAUUUAACAAAUAUCCUGAAAACGGAGGAAGGCAACCCUGACUUCCUGAAAAGACACGGUAAAGAACUAAUCAACUUCAGUAAGCGACGGAAAGUAGCAGAGAUUACCGGAGAGAUCCAACAGUACCAGAACCAGCCGUACUGCCUACGUGGGGAGGGAGACAUACGGAAAUUCUUCGAGAACCUGAACCCGAUGGAGGACAUGAUGGAAAAGGAGUUCACAGACUAUCUUUUUAACAAAUCUUUAGAGAUCGAGCCUCGCAACGCACGUUCCCUGCCUCGAUUCCCUAAAAAGUACAGUUGUCCCCUAAAAUCCCCGGGCGUACGGCCGUCUUCCAGUCGGCCCGGCACCAUGCGCCACCCGACCCCGCUGCAGAACGAGCCGAGGAAGAUCAGCUACAGUCGCAUCCCAGACAGCGAGACGGAGAGCUGCGCGGCGUCUGCGCCCAACUCGCCGCGGACGCCCCUCACACCCCCGCCUGCCUCUGCAGCCUCCAGCUCCACAGAUAUCUGCAGUGUGUUCGACUCUCCGCAGGGUCCCUCCAGCCCCUUUCACUCGAACAGCGACAGUAUUUUUGCCCCGGUUGCACUGCCUCAUGGCCCACGGUCAUCGUCCGUGUCCUCCAUGGUGAGUUUCCACAGGAGUACAGACGACCCCCCUGUUCCUCCACCUGUCCCGCCACGACGGCGUCCUGAAUCCGCUCCUGCGGAGUCCUCGCCCUCUAAGAUGAUGUCAAAACACGUGGACAGUCCCCCGGCCAUCCCCCCGAGACAGCCCACCGGUAAGAUGUACCCAAUGCGCUACUCCGUGCCGGACGCUCCCUCCAGCCCGCCCUCGCUGCCUCCCCGCGAGCCCCUGCGCACCCCCGACGUGUUUUCCAGCUCGCCGCUGCUCCUUCAGCCUCCUCCCCAGGGCCGGCGUACCGAGCCCAGCCACUUCUUCCCCUCGUCCCCGUCGCCGCUGGGACCCCGGAAACUCCCAGCCGCGGCCCAGGCACCGCACAUGCUCGAGUGUGACGCUCCGCACAGCGCCGCCGGACCCCCACUGCCCCCUCGCCACAGCACGGCCAUCCCUAAACUGCCCCCCAAAACAUAUAAAAGGGAGCGGGAAGGUCCGCCGCUGCUCGAGAACGCCAACUCUUCCUAAGGAGGAAACACUAAAGACUGCAAAUGAUGAAAAUAAAUGUAUGAUACACACCCACAGAGAAAUGACUUUUUCAACAAAAAGAAAAAAAAAAGACUGUUGGAUGAAAUGCCAGUGUGUGGCGGGAGACAAACAUGAAUGAAAAUAAUGUGCCCUUAAACAGUUCUGAUUGUGUGUGAGAUUAGCAGCCAGCCCUCCUGCAGGGUGUCUCUGUAUAUUUUUGGGGGUUUGUCUUUUUUUUUUUUUUGGCUUUUCAAAAGCUGUUUGUCCUUGUCUCAUGUUUUUGUACGUUGCUUAUUUUCAGCCUUGAGCUCGUCAGCUUUUCAUCCUUCCCUCCUCCUGCAGAACUGCAGUCAGGACCAGAUUUAAAAAAAGAAAAGAAAAAAAAACUACACGAAAAUUAAUGCUGGAGAGCUAAAGACUAAAAAGCAGUUUGAACCAGCUUCAGAAAUUAAACAUGGCACGAUUAAUCUUCGCAAAAUGAUACGUGCCUGUCUCCUCGAUGGCCAGCGUGAUCCUGGACGACAGGUAGGACUCGAACGCUGGGACUGCCUUCUGUCCGCCUCGGCUGUCUGCCUUUAACCGCACCUCAUUACGUGUAAAGAUAAAAGGGACUGGGAGACGUGAGCCGCGUGUUUCCGUGUUUCACCCCCACGGGGCGAAGUCUGUGUGCCAGUAGUCUCGAGUACCACGAGUCAAAGGUACCCUCCCACAACCAAAGAGGUACUUUCAUGCGUUCAAGAAACAUAAGAAAAAAAAGAAGUGAUUGUCCUUUAUGUGUUAGAACUUUUAUUUUCUCUAUCAUUUUUUUUUUGCCAAUAAGUAUGUAAAGAAGAAAAAAAAACGAUUGCCUUCUUAAACCAAGGGAAUAAAAGUGUUUCUACCA